GGUCAGUCUCCCAAUUAAGUCUUCUUUUCUAAAAGUCGAAAACGCCAUAGCCUUUUCAGUUCCGAUAACAGAAAAGAAGGAUGAUCAUUCUUAACAGACGAGAUCAAAUGGCACAUAAUCUGUCAAUAAAGCUAUCAGAGCUUGCUAUACGUGAAUGGGAAGGAGAGGAACGGGAGAAUUUGAUUGUCGACUCCGUUGACGAGAAAGCAAAAACAGAAACGACAACGAAUUUGGAUUGCACGACUCCAACGGCGAAGGAGAAUAAAAUACCUGAUGUGAUGACGUGUCCUCCAGCUCCGAAAAAACGUAAGGCUUCUUUAGCUGUGGGAGAUAACGCGUCGAACAAAGUUAUGGCUACGAAGGAAUUCUUUGACUCGCCGGUGCUCGACGUUAUGUUCGACAUUGGAAUCAAUAAAGUCUCUUCUAAAGUUUCAGGGAGCACCCCGAAAAGGCACCGGAUAAUGCAUGAAGGGAUCCUUGACCAGUGAUAAAGAUUCUUGCCUUGCACAGAGAGUAGAGGCGAGAAUUAUUCUAGUGGACAAUAUGCCAUUUUAGAGCAGCUAUAUGUUCCCGGAAGGCGAAGUCUUGAAUAUGAUGGGGAUGCCAAAUUGUGGCUGCAGAGCUAUGUUGUCUAUUGGUGCAUGUUUGUAGUCAGGGGAGAUGGAGAAGGAAAACCUCUGCAAAAUCAUAGCAAUAACAGUUUUUACUUCUAGCAUAGCGAAAUUCUGACCAACACAAGUUC